CAGCUCUCUGUGCUUGAGCUACAGCUUGGCGAGUCUAUGGCACCUCCAUCCUGGCGUGCCCGCGUCCGAUGACCUGCGCAUAUUCAGAAGCCUCUUAGUCUAACACACCUCUCUCAAAUACGGCGUUUCCACUCAGGACCAAGACAGUCCCUUUGCUCAGCUCUGCAGAACUAAACUUGAUCUAAUUGAUCUACCACCACCAUGUCUCGAGCCUACCAAGGUGCCGGAUCUCCAGCGCAAAACGCUCUCCAAAGUGUCGGAAACGAGAUCCCAUCAGACAUCAAAGCAGCUCAUCCACGCGGACGUCGUAACCAUACUUCCGCCGAACGCAAAUACCGAGACGGGCUGAAUCAAAGCAUUGGAAGUCUAAGUGUCUUGAUCGAAGAGAUAGUCAGCAAGGACCCGGUUUUCGAUCUGCAAACAAUCGACAAACCAAGCAAAACCACCACUCUGUGCGCUGCUGCAGAGAUGAUCGAUCGCCUGCAAGUUGCGAUCAAGGCAGAGGCAGAUCUCAAUCUAAAGCUCGAAUCGGAAUUCGACAGCGUUGCUGAUCAGGUGCAAUGUGAUGAGUGUCCAGUGGCAAGGCUGAUCAAUCAGAAGUCAAAGGGUGAAGGUCUUGCAGGAGUGGAUUCUGUUGAAGAUCUGGAGUUUGCAUAUAAAUAGUAUGGGAGAUAAGAGAGCAUUCGGCAGGAUCACAACACCAACUCCUUACUA